GCCGUCCACGAAAUUAACGUUCGCACCGGAAAGCGGCAUUUUCAUGGCACGACGAGGAUCGCGUACAAAAUGGUAGACUAACAUGCGAAGACGGUAGUGGUGAGGCGCAUGCGAGAUAGAUUUUCGCCAAUAUGGCCGGUGAGGUGUGAAACGUGCGAGCACUGGACUCGAUCCUUGUGGAUGCAUUGUGUUUGGACUAGGACGGUUUAAGGAGCCGUAGCAUCCGCCUGAAACCGCAAAGCUUCUUGCACACGCCACGAACCUGCGUGCCCCAUGGAGGCCAUUCCCACGCUGCGAACGUAUCUAAUCGGCAACCGCUUCACGAAGAAAACGUUCCCCGGCCUACUGCACCACAUACAGUACCACCUCUGCAGGUCCAGCACCAACAUGCUGUUGAAGAUCGAGAACCAGCUGCUCCAGAGACACCGGCAGCGAGAGACCACCGGCAUCAAGAAGCUGUACAAUUCGUUCUUCGUGCUGUUCUAA